CGACGCUCGGCCCAGGGUGAGCCCGCGUCCCGGCGCCGCUGGCUCAGGCAGGGACCGCCGGGGCCGGACCUCCGGGCCGGCGCCCCCGCGCCCCGUCGUCCGCCCCGCGCGCCCCGCCGGCCAGCCAGAUAAGUCCGGUUUCUUCUGUGGAGGGUACGCAGUUAAAGCCUUGAUUUCCUGGAUCUGGUAACAUGGCAAAAGAUGCCAGUCUAAUUGAAGCCAACGGAGAACUAAAGGUCUUUAUAGACCAGAAUCUUAGUCCUGGGAAAGGUGUGGUGUCUCUUGUGGCUGUGCACCCAUCCACAGUGAACACACUGGGGAAGCAGCUUUUGCCAAAAACCUUCGGACAGUCCAAUGUCAAUAUCACACAGCAAGUGGUGAUUGGCACGCCUCAGAGACCUGCAGCAGCCAACACUAUUGUGGUAGGAAGCCCACACACUCCCAACACUCACUUUGUGUCCCAGAACCAGACGUCUGACUCCUCACCUUGGUCUGCUGGCAGACGCCUUUAGAACAGUGGUGCCUAGUGUGUGGUCCGGAUCAGACCCAUGCUGAUUUCUGCCCUUCGGAUGUCUGUCCGUCUUCCCAGACAUUUAAAGGCACAGGAAGCGGAACAGGAAAGGUGAGAAGAAUGGCAAAGGCCUGCGGCAUUUCUCCAUGAAGGUGUGCGAGAAGGUGCAGAGGAAAGGGACGACCUCCUACAAUGAGGUGGCCGACGAGCUGGUUGCCGAGUUCAGCGCCGCUGACAACCACAUCUUACCCAACGAGUCCGCCUACGACCAGAAGAACAUCCGGCGGCGUGUCUACGAUGCCUUAAAUGUGCUGAUGGCCAUGAACAUCAUCUCCAAGGAGAAGAAGGAGAUCAAGUGGAUCGGCCUGCCCACCAACUCUGCUCAGGAGUGCCAGAACUUAGAGGUAGAGAGGCAGCGGAGGCUGGAGAGGAUCAAACAAAAGCAGUCACAGCUCCAGGAGCUCAUCCUGCAGCAAAUUGCCUUCAAGAACUUGGUGCAGAGAAAUCGCCAAGCGGAGCAGCAGGCCCGCAGGCCACCGCCUCCCAACUCUGUCAUCCACUUGCCCUUCAUCAUUGUCAACACCAGCAGGAAGACAGUCAUCGACUGCAGCAUCUCCAAUGACAAAUUUGAGUAUCUGUUCAACUUUGACAACACGUUUGAAAUCCACGAUGAUAUCGAGGUGCUCAAGCGCAUGGGCAUGGCCUGUGGGCUGGAGUCGGGCAGCUGCUCUGCUGAAGACCUCAAGGUGGCGAGAAGUCUGGUACCAAAAGCUCUAGAACCGUACGUGACAGAGAUGGCUCAGGGAUCCAUUGGCGGAGUAUUUGUCACGACAACAGGUUCUACAUCCAAUGGCACAAGGCUUUCUGCCAGUGAUUUGAGCAAUGGUGCAGAUGGGAUGCUGGCCACGAGCUCCAAUGGGUCUCAGUACAGCGGCUCCAGGGUGGAGACCCCUGUGUCCUACGUUGGGGAGGAUGACGACGACGACGAUGACUUUAAUGAGAACGACGAGGAGGAUUGAUUACUCAACUGUAGACCCCUCUCCCCUCAGUCAGCUUCAGGAAAAACGUAUAGAGAAAAGAAGCUUUUGAAGUGGGGCUUUCCGUUCUUUCUGGCCUACUCCCAAGAAGAUGCCGCGAGUUGUGGAGUUAGAUAUGCAGCUCCAAGUAAGGAGUGUGCCCGCGGUGUGAGCGAGCUGUGGAUGUGUCGUGAAGCCAGCGUGCUAGAGCAGAGCCUGUAUCUACCUUUUAGGAUUUUAUGGUUCCUCUUUCUUUCUUUUUUUGUUUAUCUUCUUUCCUUUCUUUUUUAAGUUUGAAGCUUGUUUUGCCCCUCAACAGUUGUUGCUGGUUUGCUGAGGAGGCUGCUGCACCCCCACCGGUGACAGUGGUAAAGCGCUGCCCGCCUCGGGCGAGCGGCGCCCAGGUGGUGGACAGCCAGGCGUUAGGAUGGAUUUUCCCGUUUGUCAAAUCAUGCAGAGUCCAGAGAACAAGGCGAUAGCAAAGCUCCACUGUUAACGCUGCGCGCCAUACGUCUCAUGACUGUUUUUCCUUAAAUUAUACUGACUGUCCAGUUCCAUCAAUCAACCUUUUCUCAAGCAGCAGCAAAGCGAGAAGUAGUGUUUCUUGUUUGUUUGUUUUGUUUUGUUUGGAAGAAGUUUACUGCCACGCUGGCGCAGCUAUGGAAAUUGUCUAGAAAGUUUGCUUAUGGUAAAUUUGCCUGAUUUCUUACAGGCUACGUUUGGAAACUUUUUAUUAUAUAGUUUACAUACUUAUAAGUCUAUCAUUUAAAGACGUGUACUGAAACAAAUGUUGUAUUUGUUUCAUAAGCAUCUUCCUGUAAUCUAUUAUAAAAUUGAAAUUAAACAUAGAGAAUGUUUUAACAGUUUUUUAACUCAAAAUUUGUCAAUCAUUUUUAAUAGUUCUUUUUUUAUAAAAAGAAAAAGGAAUUUAAGGACAGGCAAUAGUCUCUUAAAAUUUAUUCACAAGAACCGUUAAGUGCACAGCUGCCCUUAGCUGCCUGUUCUAAAUGAUGGUCUUUUUAUUGAAACACAAAUAAACUUUUCUGUAAUAUUUUAUGGAAUAUAAAGAGACUUUAAUUGUUUGACCUGUUUAACUAAGCACUGUUAGUUUUUAUUAAUAAAACGCGCAUGGGCAUUUUAAA